GGAAGUAUCUGAUUUAGCCUACUUUUCGUGACUGAUGAAUUAAAUAUUCGUGUUUUUCAAACAGGGAUUGUUCUGUAAUUAAAUACCUCAAGUCGUAAACUAAAAAUGGGACCUGUGAAGGAAUCAGAUUUAUUGAAAACUGUAAAGGAUAAUAACAGAAGCAAAUUCUUGAAGUACCUAUCCCCAGAGAAAGGCCGGAGUUCAGUGAAGAAGCUUGGUGUUGUGGAGGAUCAAACAACGCCCGGUGGAAGAAUACGUCUCAAGUUGUCACACAUAAAUGUCGAUUGUCAUGAAGAUAGCACCGGAUACACACCACUAAUUAUAGCUGUCCUUAAUGGUAAUAAAGACAUUGUAGAAGACUUGAUUUUUCAUUGUGCAGAUGUGAACUGCCAGGAUGUUAAAGGAAACACUGCUCUGCACAUGGCUGUGUUUGGUGGGAAAGUUGAUCUGGUAGACAUUCUUCUUAAUAACAGGGCAACGGUAAACAUACAGAAUAGUGAUGGAAACUCUCCCUUACACAUAGCCUGCCAGACAGUCUCUGAAAGUAGGGUUCAUAUUAUGCUCAAACUCUUACAGGUGAGUAUAUACUUUGUAUUUUAUAUUACCUUUCUGAUAUAUACAGUGGGCUUUACAUUUAACCAGUGUUCAUUGUUACCUUACCAGUAUUGUCUGCAAGUUCUUUAUUUUACAACUUGCCCUCAUGAAUCAGAGGUGGAGAACAAAUUUUGUAACUUUGUUUGUCCAGUGUUGUUGAUACUGCAUGAAAAUUAUGUGAAAUGUUUUUUACAGAAGGAUGCCGACCAUACCUUGUAUGAUAAAGAUGGAAAGACUCCCCUGGAUAUAGCUGCCAUGUUCUAUAAAACAGAUGCAGUGUCAGUUCUACUGGAUCAUGAUCACAAUCUUGAGGAAUCUAAGAGAAAGUCAACACGUUCUAACACACUGGCUAUGAUUGAGGCAUCAAUUAGGGGCUACAAGGAUGUUGUUGAAAUGAUGUUGGAUUAUGGGUAUGACCCCAAUGCCCUUGACCCAGAAAAGGACACCACCGCUUUAAUGGAAGCUGUCAGAUUUGUAAGGAUUCCUGUUGUGGAGACAUUGUUAAAAUAUGGUGCAAAAACAGAUGUUCGAAAUAGUAAAUCGGAGUCUGCAGAAAGUCUACUUAAAUCACAUGUGCCAAAACCUGUUGUAGAAAACUUUGAAAAAAUGUUUGAAGAUUACAGAAAGUCAGGUGCUACACAGACCCCAAGAUUUCUGAAGAUUUUAUCAAGGGCCACUUCAUUACAAGGAAUGAAAGAUUAUCCUCUGUUACCGAAUGACAAGUCGUGGACGAGGAACACGCCUGAAUACUGCAACAGUUGUACCCCAAAUGCUCCCAAUACAAAUAUUCUGAAUGAUGACUUAUGCAGCUGCUGGAUAGCGGCAGAGGUUCACCAUGCAUGGACCGUACUCGAUCUCAAAUACCAACAUAUAAUCACUGGAAUUACUAUAUAUGGAUGGGAUAGUCCUCAAAUGGUGAGAGCUUUUGAACUACAGAAAGGUAAAACUUUAGAAGGGCCAUGGUCAACUGUGGUUCCAUGUACAUGUAUAAAAACAGGAAGCACAUCAUUGUCAAAGCCAGGUGUUCCACAAACGUUCACAGACUUCACAGCUAGAUCACGUUACUGGCGUAUGCUGUUGCUAGACAACCAUGGUGGGAAGUGUAUAUGUUUUCAGGGCAUACGUCUGUAUGGAGCAGACGAAAGAAUUAGACAGUUGUUGAAGGAAAACGAUAUGGAUCAUUAUGCUGAUGAUAUUGUUGCCUUGGGUUUCAACACAUACAAGAAAUGUUUGCUCAUGACGGAGGACUCACUGAAAAAUGUUAUAACUGAUAGUGGUGAUAGAAGUAUUAUUCUCAAGUCACUGGAGAGAGAUAGACCUAAAGAGUUCCAUCCAGGCUCUUUAUCAUGGUUAGUGCCUCCAGUUGUCAUGGUAAAAGUAGGGGAGGUAAUACCAGAUUUCAGCAUAAAAUCUUUACCAGGAGUGAAAACACGGGUGAAACUUGUUACUAGUCAAGGAGUUAAGAUGAGGGGUAUUACAGAAGUGAUGCUACAGUCAGACUCACUAACAGAGCCUUCUGUGGCUACAUUCUCAGGAAUUAUUAUUGAUACAGCUGGUAAACAUAUUUUGACAGUUCAGUGUGUAGAUUUUGAAAGGGUCCAGAUUUGUACACCACAGCCAAUAGAAAUAAAACCUAAAGCAGCAUUACGUGAAAGUGUGGCAAUGGCAUUUGAUGAUAUGGAAGCCAUGUUGAAUGACUUGUCUGCUUCCCUAGGUCCUGCCAACCAAUGAUCUUUGCUCAGCCAAUUUUUGAGAACCAGUCUGACGUUUUGCUAGUAGUCUGAUUUACAUUACAAAGAAGAUUUGUGUUGUACCAAAAUCAAAAAUAAUUGUGAGUUAUUUUCUCAAAAGAACCAUCUUGUUUAUUCUUCUGAAAUGAGGUGGGUUUUUUUCUAGAUAUACCUGAGAAAAUAUUUUCUGCUUUUUAAAAUAAAUUGUUUAGACGUUGUGGAUAUAAAUGAAAUCUCAAAAUGUGUUAAGAAUUUUUUUUAUCAAAAUAGCCUUUGCUUUCAACCAGGAUAUAAGUUUUUUCAGAAUAUGUGAAUUUAUAUGUGUGGUUAUUAUCAUCAAGUCAAAAAGUAAGUCUGUCUCUCUCAGAAAAUAACACAAAGCACGCAAAGAGUUGCUGUACAGGAUGGUCCUUUAAAACAUAAUAACUCACAAAUACCACAAUUGUUAUUACCACUUUUGGUAAAUCUAAUACAUAUAUGUCAGCUUACUGUUAUAGAAGACAGUUUUAAAAGAAACACAGGGUUUUUAUAUUUUGAAAACAUAUUGUAUAUAUUUCUGUUGGAUAACUGUGCAGUUUUAUUGAAAUCAGAUCAGCUUCCAUACUCUUCUAUGAUGAUUUUAAUGAGAUGGGAUUACAGUGUAUGUUAAGAUGACUAUGACAACUGUGUUGGAGGAUGAGUGGGCAUCUUGAUGAAAUUCUAUUUCUGUUUGUUUUGCAGGGAUUAUUGUUGCCAUUCAAGUUAUGUUAAGUUUGCACUUAAUAUUGUUAUUUUCACUGAAUGAUGAAAAUUUGAAAAGCAGGUUUUUAUGUAGAAAAUAUUAAAGAUAUUAAUAAACUAAUCUUUUAAUUCUGUAAGGUUGUAUUACAUCUUGUUCCUUAUGUUAGUAUUGGAUAAGAGUAAAGUUUAGACUGAGAAUGGAUGCAGUUCCACAGAAAUAAAACAGUUUUAUAUAAUAUACCAAAGAAAUUUUAAAGAUUCUAUGCUAUGUCCAACAUGCCCUUAUUGCUGCCAAUGUUAGUUUCAUUUUUAAAAAGAACUUGUAGUUUUUAUAACCACUUUAGAUUUUUAAGGAAUUCUCUAUAUGUUUUUAAUCUGAUCAGUUGUUGUCUGUUACAUGUUACAUGUGCUGAUGUAAAAUAAUUGUUGUUGCUGUUGUUAUUGUUUUUUUUACUGUUGUUGCUUUUUGCUAACAAGCUUGAUAUUAGAACCUCCUGUGAUUUGCUAAAACAGUUCAGAUUUCAUAACACAUUCCAUUUUUAGCUCAUCUGAUUUUUUGAAAAAAAAAAAGAUGAGUUAUUACCAUCACUUGAUCAGUGUUGGCGUCGGGGUUGCCUGGUGUAGUUUUAUGUUUAGGUCAGCUUUUCUUCUAAACUAUCAAAGCUAUUGCUUUAAAACUUGCAACACCUGUUCACCAUCAUUAGCUGACUCUGUACAGCAAGAAAUAUAACUCCAUCCUGGUUUUUGCGAGAAAUAUGGCCCCUUUUGGACUUAGAAAAUAUCAGAUUUUUUGGUUAAGUUUUGCGUUUAGGUCAACUUUUUUCCAUAACGAUCAAAGCUAUUGCUUUAAAACUUGGAGCAGUUAGUUGCCAUUAAGUUGCCAUUAAAAGCUGACUCAGCACAGUAAGUAACGUAACUCUACAUUGCUUUUUGCAAGAAUUAUGGCCCCUUUUGGACUUAGAAAAUCAGAUUUCUUAGUUAAGUUUUGUGUUUAGGUCAGCUUUUCUCCUAAACUGUCAAAGCUAUUGCUUUAAAACUUGCAACACUUGUUCACCAUCAAAAGCUGACUCUGUACAGCAAGAAACAUAACUCCAUCCUGCUUUUUGCAAGAAUUAUGGCCCCUUUUCGACUUAGAAAAUGUCAUAACAACACAUGGGUAGGACAGCACUUCUGUUAUACAGAGACAAACAAAUCUGAUGAGCGUCUGCACCCGCAAGGCGGUGCUCUUGUUUACCAACAGUGUCAUUCUAACCUAUGCUGAAAAGUCAUUUAUACACAUUGUACUAUAUGUACAGUAACAGAGCUUGCUUUAAUUUUCUUGAUUUUAUUGCUAUUUUCAUCUCGAGCAGGUUUAUAAAUUACACAAUGCCUUUUAUUUUACCAUUUAGAGAUUAUUUUAAACCAGACACACUUGCCAAUUUAAAAGAUAUUGUAAUUUUUUCACUGCACUAUUUAUAUAUUUACUGUUUGUGCUCUGUUUUUGCAUUUAUGGCUUUUUGGUGCUUCAGUAUUUGCAGGUCAGUGAUAAAGCACACACUGGCAUUAAAAGUCAAAGGUAUUGAGAUAACUCCCAAGGUGCUCUAACUAAGAUUACUAGCAGACUUUCAGGAUAGCAGGGGCCAAGUGGAGGCCAACCUCACAGACCUGCCCAUCUUUUCCCCAAAAAGACUUCUUGACAACUAUAAUUCCUAUUGUUCUAUUGACAAUAGACAAAUACAAUCAAUUUUUGUACAAAAAGCUUUUCCUGGUUUGGGCUUUUUGACAUUAAAUUUUCCUGAGUCAGAGAAAAUAUUAUGAACAUGUAUUUCUGAUGUCAUGUACUAAAAAAUAUUUGAUGAAUAGCUGGCCGAUUAAUAGUCAAAACUAUUUGUCCUUGGUCCUUCAGACCUUGGGCAAGAGUCUUGACUAAUUAUCAGCAAACCAUUCUGUAAGUCUAUAGUAUACAGAUAUAUCAAUAGCCAGUGAAGUUACUUCAUGUCACUUGCCCCUCAGCACUCUGGGUGGAAAACUUUGUAUAGACAAUUCUGUCAUGUAAGGGUACUAACAGGCUGGCUAAAGCUUGCUGAGGGUAGUUGGUUCAACCCAGGUGCUAAUAAUAAUGCUAGCUGGUUCACCUUGGGUAUUUAAGCUUAAUAGUUGACAUACGGUACAACCUUGAUUGUGUUGGUGUGUCUUAGGACCCAAUAAAACAGACUUGACAAUAUCAGUCAAUUAAAACAUUACUUAGUAUUCACUUGUGUAAAUAAAUAUUUUUGUCAUUGAUUUAUUUUAUCGCCAUUUUGAUUGUGCGGCCCAAUUAUAAAAUGAUUUUUUUACAGGGUUUACUGCUGUAAAAGGAAAUUUAUUAUAUUUUAUUAACCAAUUAUGGGCCAUCACUGGCAUAUACCAGUAUAACCAAAUGUAAAUGGAACAUAACAAAAAUAUCAAAAGGUAACAGAGACAAGACUCUGAUUGCUAUAAAAACAAUUAACUAAAUAUAAAGUACAUGUACAUAAACGUCAAAUGAUUAAAGAUAUGCUUUGCCCAUAAUUCAUUGAAAGUUUGUCACAGAAAUCAAUCUGUGGUUUGUUGUACCUUGUACAUCAAAUAUAUGAAAAGAAUCUGAAAUAUUCUGUUUUCUGUUGUUUUUUUUACACUUUCAUAAACAAACUAAUAUUUCUUGGUAUGGUUAAGUUUUGAGAGUUUAUUUUCAAAUGGGUGUACCUUUUAAAAUUUCCUUCAACAGACCUCUCAUAGGCAAGCUGUCAAAGAGUUUUUCAUUAGAAGUAGAAAUGAAUUAUUCUUAAUUACUGUAUUUGUUUGAUAAGAUAAUUGAGCCGUGCUUUGGGAAAACCAGCAUAGUGGGUUUGUGACCAGCAUGGAUCUAGACCAGCCUGCGCAUCUGCGCAGUCUGGUCAGGAUCCAUGCUGUUAGCUUUUAAAGCCUACUGCAAUUAGAGAAACCAUUAGCAAACAGUAUGGAUCCUGACCUGACUGCGCGGAUGCGCAGGCUGGUCUGGAUCCAUGCUGGUCGCAAACCCACUAUGUUGGUUUUCCCAUGGCACGGCUCAAUUAUAAUCAUGUUUUACUGUAAAAUGUAAUACAAGAUGUUGGAGCUGUUUUCUGUUAAAGAGAAAAGUUUAGAAGUAAAAAUAUUUCCUGAUGUUUCUUUGAAAUUCAGCAAAAUAUUUUGUUUUUGUUUUUAUCAAAACAGCAUAAUUUAUAACAAAAGUAGUAUGCAUAAUUGAUAGAUUUUUUUUGUAAAACAUUUUUACAUCAUACUGAAUAAAAUUAUGUUAAAUUUUAUGUAAAAAUUAUUUUAAUAUAUUUCAUUCAUAACUUCAUGUGCAUUCUUAAUACAUUUUUCCAAAGAGAAGGUGGCAAUUUUGAUUGCUUUAUUUUCAAAAGUUCACAUCAUUUGGAUAGAACAAACUUUAUCAAGAGCAUAAUCAAUACUUUUUCAAUACACAUGAGCUUUAAUUACAUGUGCAUGAUACUAACUACAGAACAACUUGCAUAAAGAGACCAUCUAAGGCAAGGCCAAAAAGUGGUCUCUUAACACAAGUGGUCUCUUACUACAAUGUACAAUACAAUUUGUUCUUUAACAACAGUAAAAGGAACCUAAAAGGUGGUCUCUAAAAUGUAAAGGGUCUCUUAAUUUACAUGGUCUCUUAAGCAAGUUUGACUGUAGCUUAUUUGUUGAGAUAUUUCUUCCUUUGUAUUUUUGGGGUCAUUGGACCUAUAUGUAACCUAUGAUUGUACAAGAGUUGAUCCAGAAGUUGUCACUGCUUCCGCCAUGCAUUAAUUCACUGUUGUAUUGUUGUUUUUUGGGGUUUUUUUUAAAAAAUACAUACUAAGAUGUAGGCAAAUUGAUUCUGAUUAAACAGGUAAACAUUAUUUUUAAGGUUGUUAUGUUUUAAAUACACAGAAAUCAAAAGUAAUCCUCUAAUACCAUUUUGCCACGUACUGAAAUGAUAUUGAUAUCAUAACAAGAACAGAUGAUCAAAACAAAGGAAUUGACAAGUUUAUCUCAAAAUAACACAUCAGAUAAUAUGAAAUUGUGGUGAUGAAAACUGAAGUCUUUCACUUGUCUGCUCUUAAAACUUGCGGUAUCAUCACAAAAUUAUUGCAAAUAGAUCAAGACAUUUUAGUAUGAAAUCGUUUUUGUUUUUGUUUUCUUUUUGUUCAUUUUAUACCUUAAUAUUGUUCAAGUGACAUAACUUUGUGAUCAGCCCUUGUAUAUUGAUGUAUUGAGGUUAUCAGUUUGGUUAUUUCAAAUGACCAGGUUUGUACUGAAACAUUCAGUUAAACUUUUUCAUUGCUUAAAUGCUUUUGUACAAUAUCUACAGAUUUUAUGAAACAUGUGAUUGUGUAGAAGGAAUAUACUGUUCAGGUGAACAAAUUUUCACUGUAGUCAUCUAUUUUAGUGUUUACCUUUACAAACCAAUAGUAACACAGGGCUUUAACUGAAAUGUAUGUUGUGAACAAAGUGAUUGUAGAUUGUUACUUAACUUGCUAUAUAGUUUUGCACUUUUUGCUAUAUUUUAUACCUGUUAAAUACAUGCAGGGGUAAGUUUGAUAUGAUAAGCCUUUUAUGUUUGCAACAAAAAUGAAAAUUAAAUAUAUUGUAACAUCA